AUGGGUUCCUCUUUGGUGCAAGUGGAGAAGUUGACUUCUUGUGUGUGUUCAUUUUAUUUUUCAGCUACUAAAGUUCUUGGCACUGUCAAGUGGUUCAAUGUCAGAAACGGAUAUGGAUUUAUCAACAGAAAUGAUACCAAAGAGGAUGUGUUUGUUCAUCAGACUGCAAUCAAGAAGAACAACCCACGGAAAUAUCUGCGCAGUGUUGGCGAUGGAGAGACUGUAGAAUUUGACGUGGUUGAAGGAGAGAAGGGUGCAGAAGCAGCUAAUGUGACCGGUCCAGAUGGGGUCCCUGUAGAAGGCAGCCGCUAUGCUGCAGACCGACGUCGUUACCGACGUGGCUAUUAUGGCCGGCGUCGUGGACCACCUCGUAGCGGUAUUGAAGGAGAGAUCAAGGAUGGGAUCACAGAAGGAGCACAACUCCAACAGCCAAUCCAUCGGAAUCCCACUUAUCGGCCCCGCUACCGCAGAGGGCCCCCUCGUCCACGUCCUGCUCCAGUGGCUGGAGAGGCUGACAACAAGGAGAACCAGCAUGAGGCCAAUGCUGUGAACCAGCAGUCACCUCGUCGUGGUUAUCGUCGUCCAUAUAACUAUCGGCGUCGACCUCGCCCACCCAAUGCUCCAUCUCAAGAUGGCAAAGAGACCAAGGUGGCCGAAACAUCAGCUGAGAACCCUGCUCCAGUGACCGAGCAGAGUGGUGCUGAGUAACAUUUGGCUCCCCAGACACCCUGUACAAUCCAUCAGGUGUCCUAAAGUGUAAUUUAAAAAAAAAAAAAAAACCACCACCAAAGAAACAUCCAAGCAAUAAAACGAGAACAACAAUGAAAACCAGAUUUAAAACCUUCAAACUUAAAAGAAAUAACUAAAAUAUACCAGCAGCUGAGAUCCAGGGAACGCCUGCAAGAAAGAUGAAUGGAGAGAAAAAGAGAGCGAGAUUCAGAAAGAGCGACCUCCCCAGCUUCAGCGGCAACUGCAGGGUUUUUUCUUAGAAUUUCAUCAUUUUCUAGUAUUUUUUUUCAAAUUUUCUUCUGGUAUCAGACUGAAAAAAAGAAAAGGGAAAAGACCCAACCAAAGAAAUGAAUUUUUAAGUCCCAUGCUUUUUUAAUGGACGCUGGUGCUAAAACCUCCCAGGUGUGAUGAGUUUUUUUUUUUUUUUCCUUUCUUUUUAUUUUGUGCCAGUCCUGCUUCAUUGUAGGACACGGGGAGGAGAAAUUUCCGCUUUCCUUGAUAAGAUCUAUUUGAAAAUGUUCAGCGUGGGUGACGUUCCUCACAAAUAAAAUGAUUCAACAUCCAGAAAGCAAACCAA